AUGGAGACGCAGAAACUUCGGGGGGCCCUGGCUCUUCUCCUCCUUUGCACUUUGGCAUCUGCCAGUCAGGACCUGCAGGUGAUUGACCUGCUGACUGUGGGCGAGUCUCGGCAGAUGACCGCUGUGGCGGAGAAGAUCCGGGCAGCCCUGCUCACUGCUGCUGACAUCUACCUCUUGUCCACCUUCCGCCUGCCCCCCAAGCAGGGUGGUGUCCUCUUUGGCCUCUACUCUCGCCAGGACAACACACGAUGGCUGGAGGCCUCAGUUGUGGGCAAAAUUAACAAAGUGCUGGUGCGGUACCAGCGGGAGGACGGCAGAGUCCACGCCGUGCACCUACAGCAGGCAGGCCUGGCGGACGGGCGCACCCACACGGCUCUCCUGCGGCUCCGAGGUCCCGCCCGACCCAGCCCUGCCCUGCAGCUCUACGUGGACUGCAAACUGGGAGACCAGCACUCUGGGCUCCCUGCAUUGGCCCCCAUUCCUCCUGCCGAGGUUGACGGGCUGGAGGUUCGGACUGGACAGAAGGCGUAUUUGAGGAUGCAGGGCUUCGUGGAAUCUAUGAAAAUGAUUCUGGGCGGGUCCAUGGCCCGGGUGGGGGCCCUGAGUGAGUGUCCAUUCCAGGGGGACGAGUCCAUCCACAGUGCAGUGACCAGCGCACUCCACUCCAUCCUAGGGGAGCAGACCAAGGCGCUGGUCACCCAGCUCACCCUCUUCAACCAGAUCCUGGUGGAGCUGCGCGAUGAUAUCCGAGACCAGGUGAAGGAGAUGUCUCUGAUCCGAAACGCCAUCAUGGAGUGUCAGGUGUGCGGCUUCCAUGAGCAGCGUUCCCACUGCAGCCCCAACCCCUGCUUCCGAGGCGUGGACUGCAUGGAAGUGUACGAGGACCCCGGCUACCGCUGUGGGCCCUGCCCCCCAGGCCUGCAGGGCAACGGCACGCACUGUGCGGACAUCGAUGAGUGUGCUCACGCUGACCCCUGCUUCCCUGGGGCCAGCUGCAUCAACACUGUGCCUGGCUUCCACUGUGAAGCCUGUCCUCGUGGCUAUAAGGGCACUCGGGUGUCCGGGGUGGGCAUCGACUACGCCCGCGCCAGCAAACAGGUCUGCAAUGAUGUGGACGAAUGCAACGACGGGAACAACGGUGGCUGUGACCCGAACUCCAUCUGCACCAACACCGUGGGCUCUUUCAAGUGCGGCCCCUGUCGCCUGGGCUUCCUGGGGAACCAGAGCCAGGGCUGCCUCCCAGCCCGCACCUGCCACAGCCCAGCCCACAGCCCCUGCCACGUCCACGCGCACUGUCUCUUUGAGCGCAACGGAGCAGUGUCCUGCGCGUGUAACGUGGGCUGGGCUGGGAACGGGAAUGUAUGUGGGACCGACACGGACAUCGAUGGCUACCCAGACCAGGCCCUGCCGUGCAUGGACAACAACAAGCACUGCAAGCAGGACAAUUGCCUUUUGACACCCAACUCUGGGCAGGAAGACGCCGACAACGACGGCGUGGGGGACCAGUGUGAUGAUGACGCUGAUGGGGAUGGGAUCAAGAACGUGGAGGACAACUGCCGACUGUUCCCCAACAAGGACCAGCAAAACUCUGACACAGACUCUUUUGGGGAUGCCUGUGACAACUGCCCCAACGUCCCCAACAAUGACCAGAAGGACACGGACAGCAACGGGGAAGGGGACGCAUGUGACAAUGAUGUGGAUGGAGAUGGCAUCCCCAACGGACUGGACAAUUGCCCUAAGGUCCCUAACCCACUGCAGACAGACAGGGAUGAGGACGGGGUGGGAGAUGCCUGUGACAGCUGCCCUGAAAUGAGCAAUCCUACUCAGACAGAUGCCGACAGUGACCUGGUGGGGGAUGUCUGUGACACCAACGAGGACAGCGAUGGGGAUGGACAUCAGGACACCAAGGACAACUGCCCAGAACUGCCAAACAGCUCCCAGCUGGACUCAGACAAUGAUGGACUCGGAGACGAGUGUGAUGGGGACGACGACAAUGACGGGAUCCCAGACUACGUGCCUCCAGGUCCUGACAACUGUCGCCUUGUACCCAACCCCAAUCAGAAGGACUCAGACGGCAAUGGCGUUGGCGAUGUGUGUGAGGAUGACUUCGACAAUGACGCAGUGGCCGACCCCCUGGACGUGUGCCCUGAGAGUGCAGAGGUGACCUUAACGGAUUUCCGGGCCUAUCAGACCGUCGUCUUGGACCCUGAGGGAGAUGCUCAGAUUGACCCAAACUGGGUUGUGCUCAACCAGGGUAUGGAAAUCGUUCAGACCAUGAACAGUGACCCUGGCUUGGCGGUCGGCUACACGGCCUUCAACGGUGUGGACUUUGAAGGCACCUUUCACGUGAACACGGUGACCGACGACGACUACGCAGGCUUCCUCUUCAGCUAUCAGGACAGCGGCCGCUUCUACGUGGUCAUGUGGAAGCAGACGGAGCAGACCUACUGGCAGGCCACACCCUUCCGGGCUGUCGCACAGCCAGGGCUGCAGCUCAAGGCGGUGACGUCUGUGUCAGGCCCGGGUGAGCACCUCCGGAAUGCCCUGUGGCAUACUGGCCACACCCCCGAUCAGGUCCGGCUGCUGUGGACUGACCCCCGAAACGUGGGCUGGCGGGACAAGACUUCCUACCGCUGGCAGCUGCUGCACCGGCCUCAAGUGGGCUACAUCCGGGUGAAGCUCUAUGAGGGUCCUCAGCUGGUGGCGGACUCUGGGGUGGUCAUUGACACAGCCAUGCGGGGAGGCCGUCUGGGCGUAUUCUGCUUCUCUCAAGAAAACAUCAUUUGGUCCAAUCUCCAGUAUCGAUGCAAUGACACGGUGCCCGAGGACUUUGAGCCGUUCAGGAGGCAGCUGCUCCAGGGAAGGGUGUGAAGAGGCGGCCCCCGCGGGAUUCCGAAUCCUGAUUUUAGACCCUCUGGCCUUGGGGUCCAUCCUGGAGACCCUGGGGUCUAACUUACAGCCACUCAAGCAAACACAGACCCUCCUCCAGCACCCACAGGAGUUCCGCCCCAGAAGGGUGGUGACCCCACGGUUCAGGAGUUGGGACAUUUUCAAGGGCUAUUCUUCUCAGGCACUAACCCCAGGAAAGAGAACAGCACGUUGCCAUAAAGGUCCGGUGGUUUUCUAA